UGGAGGGCAAGAUGGCGGCUGCCAGCUCUACUGUUGCCUAUGGUGAAGCUGGUGGUUUGUUUUGCCAGUGAGUGAAGCAAUGGAGGAAUCUCCCGUGUUCCUGCUGUGCCUGACGGCCAGUAGCGGUGUGCCCUUAUACUGCAGGAGCAAAGGCAGCAGCAGGCAGCUUACUUUUUCCGUUAUUGGAUCAUUGAAUGGCGUCCACAUGUUUGCCAAUAAUCAGAAUGUUCUCCUGACCUCAACUUGUACAGAGAACACUAAAGUGGUGUGGAGAGCCUUUCAUGACAGCAUCACAUUAAUUGUAAUGUCUUCUGAAAAGAAUGCGAGUGACUUGUCGUUACAUAAACUACUGGAAAAUGUUUUUGGGGCCAUGGUUCUAGUGAUUGGUUUGGAGGAACUAACGAAUAUUAAAAAUGUAGAGCGGUUAAAAAAAGACCUUCGGUCUUGCUACAAGCUGAUCGACAGUUUCUUAAUGGAAAAUGAGAAUAUGGGAGACCUAACGCAGAGUGUUGAUUGUGUUAUCACUAAUGAUUUGGCCAUACUGCAGGAAUGUUUAGACAGCUUCACCCAAGCAGCGGAAAGUAACUUUGGGUGUCUCAUGGCUGGGGGGAAAGUGGUGGCAGCGACAGAGAAGUGGUGGAGGUUGGCUGCACAAGAGGUGAUGCUGCUGUGCUGGUUGGUGGCUUCCUUGCCUCCUCAUUCAUCACGAGAUUAUCCUGUUUAUCUUCCUCAAGGUAGCCCUACGGUUCCUCACAGACUUCUGACUUUUCAGUUGGUUCCUGGGGUAGAUGUAUGUGUUCUUUGUGGGCCAAGUCCAACUCUGCAGAAGGUUGAAACAGAGCUGGUGGAAAGGUUCUGGAAACCUGUUUUGGAUCCCAUUAAGUCAUGUUUGAGAGUACAGAUGAGAGCUUUCCCGGCCUCCGUGCCCCUGCAUCAUGGUAUUCAGGGACUAUUACUGGUUAACCGGGAUUUCAAUAAAAGUUUAUACACUGUUCAGGCUCACCCAGUGGAAGCUAUGCAAGCACCAGAACUGAAACUUACUUUGGAACAGAGACGAUCAGCUCUGCGCACCUUUUAUACUCUUGCCAUCUCACGCUAUUUCACAUCAGAUUCCAGCGAUGGAAAAACAAAUCUUCAGUACGAGGAGACAUUUCCGAAUGGAUUUACCCACAGUGCGCAUCAGUGUUACACUGUGUCCAGCUCCCACAAGUGCUACGGAAUGAAAACAGACCUUUACUUGCUCUUCCUUCUAUUUAAUGCAGAUGUUCCGACAUUUAGCAUGCGGACUAUUGCUAACAAAACCUUACAGCUCUUUAGCAAGGACUUCCCAUUCUGACCCAUCGGUGAGCUGUUCAGGAUUUUACACUUUAACGGUCGAUAUAAAAUAAGAAUUAUUUAAUCUAAUAAUUAUGCAAAUUAUUUAAUCUAACAAUUAUGCAAACAUUCUUGCCCAUUAGAAGCUAAUGUAUCAUCUACUAGGGUGUAACUAAUAAAGGGACACAUUGUGAUUACUAUAGGGACCAAGGCCAACUUCUCUUACUGACAUUUUAUUGCCCUGCCCCCAAUCAGCUUUGCAUAAUGGCAAUGAAUUAGAUACCAGAACGAAGAAUAAACAAAACAUUUUUAAAAUCCGCAAUGUAAAGAGUGAAGCAAAAAGUAAAGGUUUAUUUUACCUUCUAGAGCAUAUCAGUUAGAAUCUGUAUACUACAGUUUAUGCCAUCUCCUUUAUACUGAGGGUGUUAUUCAAUUAGUGGAAAUGAAAAGUGAAUUUUAGGUCAAUAUAACUCAAGCUAAAAACACACACUUUAGUGGAUAAUAUUAGCAAAGUCUUAAAACACUAAAGUGAGACUAGCAGGAAAUGCUAAGUGAAUUUAAAAUUAAAAAAUUCUCCCAGUAAGCUAUGCUUUCACUUUGGAUACUUUGGCCUUUGCUUUGAAUAAAUUAAAGGGAUGCUCCAGACCCCUAAACACUUUAGCUUGCUGGAAAGCUUUAUGUGUGACGAGUGUGUCUCAUUUUUGCAAAAAGUGCAGAUUUCAAUCGAAAUUGACACUUUAAAAAAUUAACCUGGUUACACCCCCCCCCCGGCUUUUCAAGCAGACACCCAGUCCUGCUACUUCCUGGUUGGGUUAGCUCAGUGACCAAACCAGGUUACCAGGUCAAGAAGCAGCAAUUGCAUAGAGCAUAGAGCAAUUGCAUAGACUUAUCAUUGAGCUGCAUUGGGAAGUCUGUGAUUGGACAGCCAC